AUGGAGCUUCAGCCACCCCAUCAUCGACAGCAACAGAAGCAGCAGGUGCAGAUGCAGCAACAGCAACAGCAAAUGCCAGGCCCCCAGCAGCCCGAAACACCCACCACUGCUGCACUCCCGAGGCUUCGCUUUUCAAGGGGCGGCAGGAAGAAACCGGCCCCGAAGUUAAACAUGAGCAUCCCUGUAGAGAGCCCGACGGCCCCACUGAACAUCUUUAGCAACAAGAACUUACCCUCCCUGCCUCCCAUGCCAAAACAGUUCAAGAACUCACAAACCAUUGACGGAUCGAAAAAUGAUAAGCCGACAUUGAACCUGGUUGACAGUGGGAACAGCAAUGGCAACGGAAAUGGAACGAGCAGCAGCAUUAAUAGCCACCACAGCAGCAACAGCAACAACAGCAACGGCAACAACAGCAGCAAUACGCUCAACGAGGUCGGGCUAAACGGCCUGCCCAGCGCUGCCACAACCUUGACGGUGGCGUCCAUCUCGACGUUAAACGACGAAAACCUUCCGCUGGACAGAUCGCCCUGUCUGAUCUCUGCCUUUAGCAACAAGCUUAAAAUCAGCGAAAAUGAAGAUUUGGCCAACACCUCGUCAGACUCGUAUCGCACAAAUACCCCCACCGAGUCCGACAUAAUCUUGACUAAGCCUUUGGAGUCCUUGACCGAAGAAGACUGGAAAGUGUUGCACGAGAGAGAGCUGAUUGAAACUUUGGAAGUACUUGGGGAAGGUAACGGAGGAUCGGUGAAGAAAUGCAAAACAUUGACAAAGAACCCAGCCAUAUUUGCACUCAAAAUCAUAACAACAGACCCGUCUCCGGAGUUCCAGAAGCAGAUGGUCAGAGAGUUGAAUUACAAUAGGAAGUUUGACUCUUCCUACAUCGUCAGGUAUUAUGGAACUUUCUUAGACGAGUCGAGCUCGUCCAUACAUAUUUGCAUGGAAUACAUGGGAGGGAGGUCACUGGACGCUAUAUACAAGGCGUUCAAAGAACGUGACGGAAGACUCAGUGAAAAACCUCUAGGAAUUAUAGCCGGAAGUGUAUUGAAAGGACUGGCAUAUUUGAAUGAGAAGAAAGUCAUGCAUAGAGAUAUAAAGCCACAAAAUAUAUUACUCGACUUGCAAGGAAAUGUCAAGCUCUGUGACUUUGGUGUUUCGGGUGAUGUGGUAAAUUCACUUGCCACGACCUUUACUGGUACGUCUUUCUACAUGGCGCCCGAGAGGAUCAAAAAUGAGCCUUACACGAUCAGCUGUGACGUGUGGUCACUCGGACUAACCGUGCUUGAGGGAGCAUUGGGCGAAUUCCCCUUUGUCAGAGAGAGUUCUCCAGAUCUAAUGAUCAGCCCGUUGGAUUUGUUGAUGAUCAUCAUAGAGUUCGAGCCGAUCUUGGAGGACGAGCCCGAUGAGGGGAUCAAGUGGUCAAAGGGGUUCAAGGAUUUCAUAAAAGUGUGUUUGACUAAGCAGGGACGACAGAGGCCUUCUCCGAGACAGAUGCUGGAACACCCCUGGCUCGUCAAAAUGAUGAACAAGCACGUUAGAAUGGACAAGUUAGUCGAAAAUGUGACUUCCUAUAGGGCAAUCUUGAAUACCACGCAGCUUGCACUCUGCUUAAAUGAAGCGGGCACGAGAAGCGUUAAAUUUUACACUUUUAACGAGACCAGAAGCGAUUAUGUGGUGGUCGCCAUCGACUGUGAUGGGAAUCUCAUGAAUCAAUUUGACUGCCUUGAGCAACAGGACUUGUCAUUGUUGGGCUUAUACCGUGGCGAAGAAAUCGAGGGUGCUACACAGCUUUAUGACGAGAUACUAACCUGGACAGGAGAAUUUCACGGUCACCUUGAUGACGAAAGUCGUAAUGUUGUAAUCUAG